AGUUAUCUCCCAUAAUUACAGAAACAUGGCGACGCAAGUGUGCAGACUUCUCCGGCGCAAUUGGUACGGCUGUGGCAGGGUUGGAACCCUUCUUACCGGCGGCACCCCGGCCAAAUCGAACCCUCCCAGAAAGCACCAGUCUGCUGUGAAUUUCAGCACCACAAACUCUCUGGAUGCCCAAUUCUAUGAAUCAGUUGAAGAAAUUGUUUCAGACAUCCCAGACGGUGCUAAACUUUUGGUAGGAGGGUUUGGUCUUUGUGGAAUUCCUGAGAAUUUGAUUGAUGGUCUGCUAAAAAGUAAAGUGAAAGAUUUAACUGUCGUCAGCAACAAUGCUGGUGUCGAUGAUUUCGGACUUGGCUUGCUGCUCAAACAGAAACAGAUUAAAAGGAUGAUCUCAUCAUACGUCGGAGAAAAUGCAGAAUUUGAGAAACAAUAUUUGAGUGGAGAACUUGAGGUAGAACUCACUCCUCAGGGUACUCUGGCUGAAAAGAUCAGGGCAGGUGGGGCUGGCAUCCCAGCCUUUUUCACACCGACAGCUUUUGGUACGUUGAUCCAUGAAGGAGGGGCGCCUAUCAAAUACAAAUCUGAUGGUGAUGUCGCUCUGGCAAGUCCAACACGGGAGAAUAGAGUAUUUAAUGGUGUAAACUACAUAAUGGAAGAAGCCAUCACAGGUGACUACGCCCUCAUAAAAGCCUGGAAGGCUGACAGAGCUGGUAACCUUAUAUUUCGAAAGACAGCAAGGAACUUCAACCCACCAAUGGCCAAAGCUGGCCAAAUAACAAUAGCCGAAGUUGAAGAAAUUGUUGAUGUUGGUGCAUUUGCCCCCGAAGACAUUCAUCUGCCGCACAUCUACGUCCAAAGAGUAAUCCAAGGGUCCCACUACGAGAAACGAAUCGAACGUUUACGUUUGAGGAAAGAAGGCAAAGCAGAUUCGAAACCUCCAUCUCCUGCUGCAAAACUACGAGAACGGAUAAUAAAACGAGUGGCUGUCGAGUUCACAGACGGCAUGUAUGUGAAUCUUGGAAUCGGUAUGCCAAUGUUAGCCAGCAACUUCAUCGCACCUGGCAUCACAGUCCACUUACAAAGCGAGAACGGAAUCCUUGGUUUGGGACCAUUUCCCUUACCUGGUGAAGAAGAUGCCGACCUCAUCAAUGCUGGUAAAGAAACAGUAACAAAUAUUGCUGGAAGUUCCUUCUUCUCCAGCGAUGAGUCGUUUGCUAUGAUUCGAGGGGGUCAUAUUGGACUUACAGUUCUUGGAGCGAUGCAAGUCUCACAGUAUGGAGAUUUGGCAAAUUGGAUGAUUCCUGGUAAAAUGGUGAAAGGUAUGGGAGGUGCUAUGGAUCUUGUGUCCAGUAAAAACACCAAAGUCAUCGUAACCAUGGAACAUAAUGCCAAGGAUGGCACUUACAAAAUUCUGAACGAAUGCUCCCUCCCUUUGACUGGUAAACGAUGUGUCGACAUGAUUAUUACAGAGAAAGCAGUUUUUGAAAUCAACCCUGAAAUAGGGAUGACCCUUAUAGAACUUGGGGAAGGUUUCAGUGUUGAAGAUAUUGUUGAGAAAACAGGUUGUAUGUUUAAGGUGUCAGCUGACUUGAAACCAAUGCGGCAGGUGCAAUUAUGAUAGGUAGCAACAGGAGGAGGCGGAGGAGGAGGAGAUGAAGUGAGCCCACCGUCAGUUGACGAAGGUGGAAUUAAAAAGUAGGAAUAAGAAAGGAGAUGUUUGCUCUUGACAGUGAUGAUGAUGAUGAUCACAACAGUAAAAGCAACAAUGAUAUUGAGCUGACUGUGGUAUUUGUACGUAGUUUUAUUUUCUGUACGUGUGAAAUAUAAAUAUAUAUAAAUAAAAAUAAAAACUUUCCAUAUCAUCUA